AUUUCCUAAGAAAACCUCCUACCCCUGAAACGCACAAGGGUUGUCGAGUAUAUAAGCGAACGAACAUCCCCUCUCAUUUUAAACGAUCUUGGCAAUUCUUCGAGCGAAGACCGUAAGCGCCGUGGAACUCUUCGUCAGACUGAUUUCUCAACGUUCAAAGUCAUUCUAUUUCGCCUUAGUGACUAUCAUCGCUUUAGAAAGUAUCAUUAGUGUUUUCAUAACAGUACUUUCGGUGUGACCUCGGAUUAAUCAUUGGUCAAGAAGCGGUCUCCUUAUCUCUGUCUCUCCUCUACGUAAAGAAAGACGAAAGACGAAAAAAGCCAAGAGAUGGAGAUCAAGAUGGAAGAUUCGGCGAACGAAACGAAACCUUUAGAUUUUCGAAACUACUUGUCUUCUUUCGAAGGAAAAGAAGACUCGUCUCCGAUACAUCAGCCGCUCGAUUUUCGAUCCUGUCUGUCGCUACGAAAGUGUUUAAAGGAAGAGUCGCAAUUGGAGGAGAAAGAACCGGUUUUAGAUUUGUCGUGUAAAAAAAUCCUUAUUUUACCCUCGUCCAGUGAAAAUGACGUUCGCGAAGGAAAACAAAAGAUGCUCGAAUCAUCUACCGACGCGAAACUAUCUGCGAACGUUAAAACUCAUAGCAGAACGGAUAGCAAAAGUCCCUUCGAGGGUCGCAGUUUCAUGGUCACCCCACCGUCGGAAUCGGAUUCACCGAAGAAAAUCAAGUUCGAAGAGGAUACCGAGAGCGCGUCGACGAUGACCAAUAACGUCGAAGGAUAUUCUCUUUUACCGAUCAACGUUCCGACAGUACCACCGAUAUUACCUACCUUGCUCGCGGUAAAUUCCGACGGAACGAAAGAAAAAAUGUGCGCGAAAAUACAAUCGCCCACUACGACGACGCCGACGAUAUCGACUAACGUAUUGUCGGCGGACGCUCCGAGAAAAAUACCUAGACCCUUUAAAGCUUAUCCUCUGACUCUCACGGUGAGUACGCCGGAUAUGAUUUAUAAUCAAAAUUCCAACGAAACGUACUCCGAAUUUCGAAGUCGCAUGCUCGAGAACGUUAGACGUCAGAACGAAACGACGAAUCUUAAAAUGCGCAGAUCUAACAAAAAUACAACGGUACUGCCGACGAGUACCGUGGAUGAGAAGGACGCUGCUUAUUGGGAGAGAAGAAAAAAAAAUAAUGAAGCGGCUAAACGAUCGAGAGACGCUAGGAGAGCGAAAGAAGAUGAGAUUGCGAUAAGAGCAGCUUUCCUUGAGCAGGAAAAUAUCAAAUUGAAAUACGAACUGGCAGCGCUCAGAAACGAAACUGCUAAGCUCAAGUGUAUGAUAUACUCGACGUAGAAUUUCUUACAUUUCAUCGAAUUUUGAUUUCAAAAUAGUAUCGUUUUUUUACGUUCUAUUGUUUCUCUAUUUCCAACUUAUUAAGGGAAUAAUCGAUCAUUUUCUGUAUAUAUACAUGUUAUACGCACAUCAUUCUGUAUAUAUGCAAAUACAU